GAGCGAUAUGAAACCAAGAGGUUAAACCACACAGCUGUAAGGGAAAGCAUUUCAAAGCUCUUCCGCAUCCUGGGUAGCUUCAGCGAGGAGUAUUCUUUUAACUUGGAAUUCACUAUGCAGUCUCGAAGCGACUCACAUUAUUGGUACUCGCACCUCCACUUUGGUGGGAAUGAACACCCACGAAUCCGUUAUGUCAACUCGCUUCGGCCACGAGGGAAAGCGGAGUUGCGUAGCGACUUCAGCCCUGAGGAGCCCGAGUACUGGGGAUAUCUAGGAAGAUUGUUUGCAAUGCUGAACCCGACAUUCCGGCAACUGGUAGUACCGGAGGUGCCUGCAGUCAAGAAAUUCAUCCUGCGCCGUCAGUCCCGCCGUCAGUCCCGCCGUCAGUCCCGCCGUCAAUUUCGCCCCUGCACAUUGAAGGUAUUGCUGGCGAAGUUUCCUCGACUUAAGAGUUUCGUGUGGGAGCCAUCACGUCUUCAUUAGGGAAACUAUCAUCCCCUACCUCAUGGUUUGCAGAGAUGGAAAAAGACAAAAGGCUACGAAACUUACGGCGAAGGUAAGUUUA